AUGCCAAAAAAAAAACGUGGUGUUAGAGAAAAAAAGGGUAAAAAGAAUCCUUGGUUAAACGAAAGAGAAACAUUAUCUUACGAACAACAAAUUUUGGACAAUAAUAGACAAUUAGCACGACUGCGUAGUACUAAUGAAGAACUUGAACAUGAAGUUAAAACUAUAAAACAACAGUUUGUAAAGCUUGAAGAAGAUCGUUCAGAUAUCGUGGCAUAUUUGAAACGCAAUCUAGAAGAGAACAUCGAAGAAGCACGCGAAUUAAAUGAACGAAUAUCUGCUUUGGAAGAAUUGAGAAAAAAUGAGUUAGCUUCAUUUAAAAAAAAGGAAACAGCAAUGGAACUUGAAUAUCGCACUAUGGAAAGUAAUUUGAGUGCGGAGGUCAAACUAACAGCUGGAAAAUUAAAUGCAUUAGAGGAUUGGAGAAUAGCACGACUUGAUUUAAUGCAUAAAUUUGAAGUGCAGGAACAACAAUUAAAAGAACAAGAAGAAAGACAUAAAAACGCGCUCCAUGCUGCUGAAAAAGCAUUAAUCGUUGGAAAAGCUAAAAUGCAAAGAGAAAUGGAAGAACGACUAAAUGAAUUAGCUGAAAAAUUCAGAGAAGCGACUAACAUUCGUAUAGCAGAUACUACUCAUAGAGCAGUAAGAGAAAACAUUGCAUUAAAUCAAGAAUUAGAUAUGAUGUUGGAAGUUAGUCGUGAAUUAUAUUCCAAUACUAUGGAUUACAAAGAAGCAGUUAAAAUGCUAAAAUUACAAGCCGAUUUGUUUGAAGAAGAAAAAAAUAUCACUUUAAAUAAAACAAUUAAACAAAAGAAUUUGAUUACUAAUCUUGCGCAAGAUUGUAAUGACAUGAAUAAUAAAUAUUUGAGAUUAAAACAGUUUAAUGAUCAUCUUAUUAGUCAUGUAGCAGUAUUAGAAGAAUAUAAAGAGAGAUCUAUUAUAGCUGAGAAUAAAGUUCACAUUCUUGAACAACAUUUACAACAAACUAUAGAAAAUAAAACUCAAAUAUUAGCAGAAGUUUGUUCCAAACAACUAGAGUUUGACAAUCUAAAUCAAAUAUUACAAGAGGCUCAAGAACGUAUAAUGAAAGCAUUACAGUUGCAAGGAAAAUUGUCUAAAGAGGAUGUAUGCAGUUCUUGUCAUAUUGAUCUUAAAGAACAAGUACUUUCCUCUCUUCUUAAUAUAUUACAAAAGGAAUCCAUUCCUAGUAUAUCAUCACACCAUAUAAGUCAUCAGGAAGAAGACAUAACAUGUUACUACCAGAAAGGUAGUUUGGGUUUAUUGCAAAACACUAUAGAUAAAGUUAAAAUAGAAAAGGAUAAACCCGGAGAGGACAAAUCUCUAGAAACCAAAAAAGAAGAAGAAAAGAAAUCUUUAUCUACAGAGGAGAUAAUACCAUCUUGUUUAUUACACGACGAUAGUUCUGAUAUGAUUAAUCAAUCAAUUGAUUAAAAAAAAAUUAAUAAAUAAAAGGAAUAAUACGUUAACAAAGAGUAUCUGUGAAUGUUCGUUUAAAUUUAAUUCGUCCUACUGACAAUUUCUAAAUUCUAUUUAUUCGUUCAGUCUUUAACUUUGAUAUAUGACUAUUUUAUUCGAGUAUUAGGUUUCUAUCAAAAUAAGAGAAGCUUGGUUUAGAAUUCCGGUUUGUAUUGGGUGUAUAUACUUAAGUAAAUAUUAAUAAAUAGGUAUGUACAUUAUAGAACUUGUGUUUUUGUGCCUUGAGGAGGAUCAGACUUGUAUGCGGCCUAGACCUUGCAAGAAGGUGAAAGUCGCGAGGUCGAGAUUAAUCUCUCAUCUUCGUACUUUCUCAAAAAUAUAUAAAUUUUUAUAA